AUGCGCUUAACACCCAAAAAAUUUCAAUCUGGUAAAAUGCCUAUCUUAAAACAAAUUGGACCAUAUACUUAUCAUGAAAAACGUUCAAAAGUGAAUGUAACGCAUUAUUUAAACAAUGGAACACUUGAAUAUCAUGAGAGAAUCCAAUAUUAUUUUGAUAAAAAUUCAUCUAUUGGACAUGAAAUGGAUAAGAUAACAAGCGUUAAUUUAGGUUUCAUUGGGAUUGCAUCAAAAUUGUCAUCUCUACCAUUACCUAUUGACUUUUUAGUUGAAAUCAUUGAACUAUAUAACAAUUAUAAACUUUUUCAAACAAGAACAUAUAUUAUCAAAUUAUGGAAUCAAUGUUUCAAUGACAAACAUUGGAAUACUACUAAUAGAAAUAAUACAAUAAGUGAUAAAAUUGUCAUUAAAGAUGGUGUUAGAGAUCAAAAACUGUUAGGUAAAAUUGUCAGUUACCAUGGUAAUAAAGUAUUAUCCUAUUGGACAACACCGACAGCAAAUAUGAUCAAUGGUUCAGAUGGUACAAUGUUUCAUCCAUUUAUACAUAAAGAAGAUGAAAUUUAUGUAUUCGCCAAAGAAUUGUGUCGUUCAGUACAAUUAUCAUUCUAUUCAGAAAAUACAUUUAAAUCAGCUAAGACAUAUGAGAGAAACAAAGGAUUUUGUUUAAACAGGUCUAAUUGUUUCAAUGAUGGCGUGUUGGAUAUCUCACUGUUAAAUGCUGAUGAAAUCUAUCAAAACGCUGUCGGUGGUAUCCACCCAACUGAUGAAUUCAAUACAACAGUUUAUAUUGAACCAAACACUGGAGUUAUCAUUAGUGCUCAGAGUAAAUUUCAAGUGAAUAUUGUCGUUAGAAAAAUCAAAAAAUGAAACAACUAUCUCAACUUCCUGAUUUGUCAUUAUUACCAUUGGUAUAUUUUAAUGAAUCAGCUGAUUUAAGAAAUUCUUCAAUCAUUGAAUUAAUAAAGAUCAUUGUUAAAGGACCAGACAUAAUUCAAC